GACAGAGUCAGAAGAAAGCUAACAUACAUGGGAUGAAGUCAGCAGGAAGCUAACCAAGCUGUGAUGCACAAAGGGAACAUGGAGUAUUGAAAGAACACGACAGACCAAGCACACAGUGGGAGCUUGUCACUGUUUUUAGUUUACAUCUUGUGUCUACAAUGGACUCAUCAAGAGUCUAUGGCAGUUUAAAGACAUCUAGGACCCCAGAGUAUCAGCCUGUAUCACCCUCAUCUCUUCCCUCAAAUGCCUGUCAGUGCCCACACUGGCAUAAGUUGGCUCUGAAACUCAGCUGUGCUGGGCUGAUCCUUCUUUUCUUGAGCCUGAUUGGACUCAGUGUCUUAGUGCGAUUCUUAGUGCAAAACCCACCAAUAGCAAAAUUCAGUGUGGCUACUCAAGAGAACAGGACUGAACCAGCAGGGGGAUCAGCCAUGCUCAAGUGCCCGAGAGAGUGGCAUUCAUACCGGAAGAAAUGCUUAUUUAUUUCUCAAACUUCCGGACCUUGGGCCGAGGGUCUGGCUGACUGCUCUGAGAAAGAGGCCACUUUGCUGAUCAUUGAAGAUGAAGGAGAACUGAGAUUCAUUCAUGCUUUCUCAAAGAGAAAAGGACAUCAGUUUUUUAUUGGACUAAACUAUGUACCAGUGGAGAAGAUUUGGAAGUGGGUAAAUGGCUCUACUUUAAAUCCUGAUCGAGUACAAAUCAUGGGCACUAAUGAAGACAACAGCUGUGGUGUCAUCUCACAGACAGAAGUGUUUUCUGACUUCUGCUCUGCAGACAACCGCUGGAUCUGCCAAAAAAAACUGAAACGUGUCUGAAAUCCUGUGUCCUGACUCCUGAUUGCAAAGCUCAUCUCUAUUACUUUACCUUCCACACCAGAUGUCUGCAUUGAACUGUCAAGGCUGUCGGCCCUCCCAGCACAGCAAUACAAAGUAUGCACUAUAAAACCUCUGUGACUCUUACAGAUGCUCAGGUCCAAAGUCUUUAUUCUGUAAAUGUACACCGACACAGAUUUACCCUUCUGAGACAGGUGCUCUACAGGAGAAAGCCCAGGCCAGCAGGGUGUACUGUGGCCUUUGCUGACCUCCAUGACUGAGUCAUUUGCAAACAGCUGCAGAAAAUUGCUUAUAAAGCCCUCAUUUCUACCCUGCACUCCAAGCCAUCUCACAUCUGGGCUGUAGAACCUCCUCGAUUAAAGUCUUUACUCUGACACCAGAGGCUCAGAGCUGGGAAGGGAAGAGUUUGUUUUUAUUGACACCUCCAAAUUGACUAAUAUGAUACUGACAGUAAUGCUAGAUAAACUGAGCUCUGUCCAUGUGAUGCCUCCCACCCUGCAGGGAUGUACCACCAGAACCUGGGCAGAUGCUGGUGCAUUGGUCCUGGGCUUGUGAGCCUGCAGAGCUGUGAGACAGGAGGGUCUCUUCUCCUCCAAGUUCUUGUUCUGGCAAAACAAAACAUGGCUCAGUGGUUAAGGGCCCUUGUCACGUCCAUAUUAUCAGGGUUCUCUAGAGUAGUAGAACUUAUAGAAAAAAAUCUCU